CAAAGGGGCAGAAAGGAAAUGCAGGAUUAUCUGGGAUUGAAGGGCUAAGAGGUUUGAAUUUAGUAUUAUUCAGUUUGUCAUCACUUUAUCUUGUAAAUUUUAUGAAAAUGUAUUGAGUACAUCCUGUGUAACUCUAUGUGUAAAGGUCCUCCUGGUGAACCAGGUCUUGAUGGAGAAGUGCUGUCCCAAGGAACUCGAGGUCCUGCAGGACCCCCGGGAAAUGCUGGGCCCAGAGGUCAUUCAGGACAUAAAGGAAUAAAAGGUGAUCCAGGAAUCCUUGGAAUACCCGGAGCAAAUGGUGUUCAAGGUCUAACUGGUUACAAAGGAGCUCCUGGGGAGUCAAGCUAUGGAUAUGGUCCACCUGGACCAACAGGACAAAAGGGUGAACCAGGGAUAAGCAGUUUAAUCAUGAUGAAAGGUCCGAAAGGGGAACCUGGUAUUGAGGGACCACAGGGUGUCCCAGGAAACUAUGGAGCCAAAGGAAACUCAGGACCUGUUGGACAAAAUGGCCCUCCAGGCUUCCAAGGUUCAAAAGGCUCAGAUGGAUCUCCUGGAGUCAAAGGAUACCCAGGACCUACUGGACUGCCAGGUAGCCCAGGUCUUCCAGGUAGAACUGGGACUCCUGGUCCUAAAGGUAACCAAGGUCUUGAUGGAAUUCCUGGGCCUCCAGGGCAGAAAGGGGACAGUGGCAGAGGAACAGGACUACCAGGGAGACCUGGUGAUCCAGGUUUGCCAGGUGGGUAAUAUUAUUAUUUUCAAAACGGAACCUUGUUAGGAGACUUACUUUAUUAUAAUUUCAGAAGUUUUCAUAUAAAAUUGAGCUUUAACAGAA